AUGAAGGAUUUUCCAUCUUGUUUUGGUGAGAACGGGGUUCAAGUUGCGGAUUCUUCGUCUUCAAGCGCUAACAAAAGUGCCCAGAACGUGGUUACUUGUGUUUAUCAAUGCAUGGUUGGUGGUAGUUCCUGCCUGAUUACUGUCACAUGGAGUAAGAAUUUGAUGGGGCAAGGCCUUGGUGUAGCGAUCGACGAUUCUUCAAGCCAGAGUCUUUGUAAGGUGGAUAUCAAACCGUGGGGAUUUUCCAAGAGGAGAGGUUGUAAGAGUCUAGAUGUUCGUUCUUGUAAAGUUGAUGUGUAUUGGGACCUUUCUUCGGCUAAAUUUGGUUCUAGCCCGGAACCUUUGGCGGGAUUUUAUGUAGGAGCUGUGGUGGAUGGAAAAAUGGUUCUUCUUAUUGGGGAUUUGAAGAAAGAAGCUUUCAAGAAGACCAAUGCCAACCCAUUACCCUGCAAUGCAGCUUUGAUUGCCAAGAAAGAGCAUGUUUUUGGUAAAAAGUUGUAUGGUACGAAGGCUGUGUUUUGUGACAAUGGCCAAAUUCAUGAUCUUUUGAUUGAGUGUGACACUGCAAGUGUUAGUGAUCCGACCCUGGUAAUUCGCAUAGACAGCAAAACUGUGAUGCAAGUGAAGCAGUUGAGAUGGAAGUUCAGGGGGAAUCAUACUAUCCUUGUAGAUGGUCUUGCAGUGGAAGUUUUCUGGGAUGUUUAUAAUUGGCUCUUUGGUACAUCCCUUGGAAAUGCUGUUUUUAUGUUCAGGACAAGCCUGUCAGCGGUGAACAAAUUGUGGGCUGGCCAACCGCCUUCUGAUUUGCCAUUGUCUUUCUCUGAGAGAUUUCCUGAGACCAAAUUGCAGGGUCUUGGUUUCUCGCUUAAUUUGUAUGCUUGGAAGGGCCAGUAG